AUGAGGUUAAAAUAUGCGACGGUUGAGCACACACAUUUCUACGUCCGUCCGACGGUCGAGCAAAAACUUUUCUACGUCCGUCCGACGGUCGGGGAGACACUCCCUACUAAAAUCUUGCCUAAUUUGGUAAACUUAUAUCAAAUAAAGAAACAUGAAAAACCUACUUUAAAAAAUAGUGUAGUUAAAGAAAAUAUUUCAAGUUUUAAUAAUAUUGACUUAUUUUCUGAAAACGAUUACCUCUCCUUACAAAGUAUAAAUGCACCAGAUAAUUUAGUAGAAAAAAACCCAAAUCACUUUAUUAAAAAAACUACUUUAAAUGCAACUGAUCCUAAUGAAAAAAAUGUUAAUGAAGCCCAAUUUUUAGCAAAAUUUUCAAAAUGGGCCACUGACAAUAGUAUUACUCAUAACGCCAUAAACGAUUUAAUAAACAUAAUUCAUCCAGCUUUUCCAUUUCUGAAAAAAGAUGCUCGUUCUAUAUUAAAAACACCUCGCAACGUGAGAAAAAUACAACUUGAAAAUGGCAACAUGAUUUAUUUUGGAUUAGAAAAUGGUUUAAAAAAAAAAAUUGCAGAAGGCUUAAAGCAUUUUAAUGAUACAAUUUUAUUAAAUAUUAAUGUAGAUGGAAUCCCAUUAUUUAAAAGUAGUUCAACAGAGUUUUGGCCGGUUUUAGUUCACAGUGAUAGCUUUACAAGUCCUUAUCCUUUUGCUGCUGCAAUAUUUUGUGGUUCGGGAAAACCCUCACCACUGAAAGACUUUUUAAAUGAUUUUAUUACAGAAUGUUUACACUUAUUUUCGAACGGAAUCAAAUACGAACAUAAAAUGUGUCAUAUAAAAAUAAAUUUUUUCUCAUGUGAUGCCCCUGCCAGGUCUUACCUAAAGUGCGUUUUGGGGCACAGUAGCACAAUUGGAUGCGAAAGAUGUGUAAUAAGGGGUAGCAAAGAAGAAUACAAAACUUUUUACCCAGUUAAAUCUCUUCAUGCACUGAGAUCUGACAGUGAUUUUUUAAACAAUAUAAGGUCAGAUAGACACAUUAAAGAAAAAUCUCCACUUUUAGCACUUGAAGUAGGUUUGGUGUCACAAUUUGUACUUGAUCCAAUGCAUUUAAUAUAUCUAGGAGUUAUGAAAAGGUUAUUAAUUUUAUAUUGGAUUGAAGGAAAGCGGCCCUAUAAAAUGAGCAAACUAAACUUUAAUAAUAUAAGCGAAAGUUUAAGACACAUAAAAAAAUUUAUUCCUGUUGAUUUUCACAGAAAAAUUCGUUCAUUAGAUGAAGUUAAGAGAUGGAAAGCCUUGGAGUAUAGAUUUUUUCUGCUUUAUUGUGGCCCUCUGGCUUUAAAAAAUAAUAUUGAUAAAAAAUAUUAUGAGCAUUUUCUUCUUUUACAUUGCGCUAUAUUUAUUUUUAAUAAUGAGUACUUAAUUGGUAAAUAUUUUACAACAGCAAAAGACGCAAUUAAUGAUUUUUUAAGAUUUUCUCCAGAAUUGUAUGAUAAAUUUUUUGUGACCUACAAUGUCCAUUCCUUAAGUCAUAUACACGAGGAUGUUAAAAAGUUUGGAAAAUUGGAAAAUUUUUCAUGCUUUAUGUUUGAAAAUUUUUUAGGCAAGAUUAAAAAAAUGAUACGGGGUAAGGCUCUUCCUUUAGAACAAAUACAUAAUCGCCUUUCAGAAUUUGAACGAACCUUUAUUAAUACCAAUGUAAGUAAAAGUGAAUACACCCCGAUAUUAGUAAAACACUAUAAUAAUUCAUAUUUCACUUGCAAAAAAUUAAAAUUUUUAAAAUCAGUUAACAAUAAUUUAUUUGAAAUAAUUAUUUCUAUAUCGCAACCUAACAAUGUUGUUGUUGUAAAGCAUAAAAUUUAUGUGAUUGAGUCAAUCGUAAAUUUAAAUAAAAUUUACCAAAUAGUUUGCACCCCAUUUAGAUAUUUGGAAGACUUCUUUACACAUCCAAUUAAAUCAUCAAAAUUGGGUAUUUAUUUUGCAAGAGGAAAAGGAAAUCAAGAGAUUUUCAAUGUAAAAGAAAUAUCCUACAAAUGUUUUGCAGUACCUUUUAAAAAUGGUUAUUACGUUUGCCCGGUUAUUCAUCAAAAAAAUGAAUAAUUUAAUGUUUGAUUUUAUUUGCCUGGGUAUUUUUUACAUUUCUGUACCUCAGAGCCAGAGACGUCCAAAACCUUAUUUUGAAUGAGAUGUUUAAUAAUUUGAAACGCGGAA